ACCUCUGAGGAGCCCAAAUUUUCCAGUAGCACCACAGGCGGCUGCUGCACAAAGACAGACGGAAGGAGGGACAGCUAGAUGAAAAACAAUUAAAAGACAAGAAAUAUCACUUGGGCUCUUUAUUUUUUCAAUCAAAUUUGACAUUUUAGAUAACUCAGUACAGUUUUUUACUUUGUAAGUUUAAUAUUUAUAUUUUAGUGAAGAGGGAAAAAAGAGAAAAUGAUGAGUCUGCUUUGCAUCACAAUAAUCGCCUUGACCCUGGCUGGCAGUGCGUACAGUCAGGUGACCAUCCCUCCCUUCCAACUAACAGUCAAGGUGUACGCUGAACUGGGAGCCAACGUCACCCUUCCCUGCAGGCUCUUUUCCAAUGGCCCUUCCUUCGGUAACGUCGGCAUGCGAGUCAAAUGGACGAAGGUGGCAGAGGACGAGGCACUGAAUGAGGACGUGCUGCUCUCGAUGGGAUUCCACAAGAAGUCCUAUGGGAGCUUUGAGGGCCGCGUCUUUUUGGAGGAGAUCGAGGAGAAUGAUGCCUCCCUAACUAUAAACGAUAUGUCCAUGGAAGACACUGGAAAGUACCGCUGUGAGGUCAUCAACGGGAUGGUAGACAUCCAGCAGGAGGUCAGCUUGGAGGUGCUAAUUGGUCUCAUUGAAGGUGUUGUGUUCCCGUACCACCCCAAUCUGGGCCGCUACAACAUGAACUUCAACGUGGCCACGCAGGCCUGCCUGGACCAGGAUGCCGAGGUCGCCUCCCCUGAGCAGAUGCAUGAGGCCUGGAAGGGAGGUCUGGACUGGUGCAAUGCUGGCUGGCUGAGCGAUGGCACAGUGCAGUACCCCAUCAACACUCCCAGAGAGCUUUGUGGUGGCGUCAACAAUGGUCCCGGCAUUAGAACCUAUGGCCGCCGCAACAAAACAGUCAACUAUUACGACGUAUUCUGCUACACUUCUGCAAUCAAGGGGCGUUUCUAUUGGCUGGUGCAGCCCGACAGGCUGACCUUCGAUGAGGCCGUGCAGGCGUGUGUGGAUGACGGCGCAGAGAUCGCCAAGGUCGGACACAUUUACGCCGCAUGGAAGCUCGAGGGCUACGACCGCUGCGAUGCUGGCUGGCUGGCCGACGGAAGCGUCCGCUACCCCAUCUCCAGGCCACGCAAGAACUGCAGCCCCGACGAGGCUGCGGUGCGGCUCCUUGGGUUCCCAGACAAGAGCCAGAAGUCUCACGGGGUCUACUGCUUCAAGGCCGAGCAGUGAGGGGGUAGACAGGAGUAGGGAAGCCAUAACCACCAAAGAGCAGCAACAACCACAACAAUUAAAAUCAACAAUAAAGCAGAUAAGCUUUGGAUUUUAACUAGCAUGAACUCAAUACCUUUCUGAAGCUGUGAUAACAUUUUUUAAUUCCUAAAAAAAAAAUACUAUUGAUCCAAUAUUUUAAAGCCAUUCCUUUUUUUUUUAACUGUAACUCUGGAUUCAUUAAUUUUACAGACAUUCCGGUAAAGAGCAACAGAGUUCAUGUACGAUUGAUGUGACAGAGACAAGAACUUAAUGAUCUUGAAACAAUCACCUAAGUUCGGUUUGUCCUGCACAGAAUGAUUAGAUACGUGAUGUAUGAACAUGUCUAAAGAACAAAACCAUGAGUUAUUUCAUUUUAUUAACCAUCACAUCAGUGAAAGAUCUUAAAUUGAUGAACACAUGUGGCUGCCACUACUGAGCUGUGGGUAUCAACAUGUUAUAUUGCAGUAAGUAAUUGCAGAUUUCCUCUAUUUUCACGAUCAAAUUGACUGUUUAUCAAAAAAUGAAUGUAAAUGUCCUGGGCUGUGACCUAUUCUCCAUGAAUUAACUGCUCCCAUUUGAUCAACACACAAUUACAAUUUACAUUUUUACUAAUGUAACCUUAUAGAGUGUGUUGUUUCUAACAAAACUUUUUUCUGUCGUAACAUCAAUGUCUGCCUCACACUUACAGAUUUGUUUGUGGAGUGGAGUUUGUAGACAAUUUACAACAAAAGGCAUUUCAGUAAGAUAGUGAAAACAGAACAAGAACAGAUCUUCCCUAUUUGCCCUGAAUACAAUCUUGACCAGAAUAUACCUCGGACUUUCUGUCAGUUGAAGCAAUUACCUAUUUGUUCGACAAGAAAUCUGAUAUGAUAGGUGCAGGUAGCCAUCAAUAAUGUAUGGGCUGACAUCCUUACUUAUUGCUGAGACUGUUUCACAAUUUGAUUCUGAGCCUUUGAGCUGUAAAUUUCCCCUGGUAAUCUGUUCUUUUAAAGACAUUAUUAAUACUGAAGAUCGUCUAAUAUGGAUGAAUUAAUAGUCAAACAUGUUGUGAUGCCUGGAUCUGAAUAUGUUUCAGAAUAAAGUCAAAACCAGCAAAAACUCAAUUGAAAUGGUCUCUAAUAAUGUCCUGUGGGUGUGUUUCUGAUAAUGGUGAGCCACCAUCAGAAGAUGGCACACCUUUUAGAUAGCCUGUCAGUUAUACAAAAAAACAAUAUUUUGAUAUUUUGUGUUUAGCUUUUUGCUACAUUGUCUUCUUACUGUUUCUAACAUAUGGUACUUACUGCAGGUUACAUGUGGUAUUAUGGCGAUGUAUUGUACUUCAAAAUGUCUGUCAUACUUGCGCAUGAGAAAAAAAAAACGUUAAGGUAUUCUUGUACCUUAUCGCAAUGUACCUUUUUCAACAAAACAGUUUCAAAUAAAAAAUAUAACUCAAAAUAAAA